AUGAUGUUUACCGCUUUCAACACGGAGUGCGAUUCCUCCUCCCGCUGCAGCACUGCAUCUCCCUCCGGGGACAACCUAGCGUACUUUAACUCACCAUCCGGAUCUUACUCCAGCAUGGGAUCCCCCCAGUCUCAGGAUUACACUGACCUGACAGCAUCAAGUGCCUCCUUCAUCCCCACUGUCACAGCCAUUUCAACAAGCCCAGACUUGCAGUGGAUGGUGCAGCCUUUGAUCUCCUCAGUGGCCCCCUCUCACAGAGCUCCCCCCUACACCUCCAGCCCCAGCUCUGCCUAUUCCAGACCAGCCAUGAGGUCUGCAGCCUCCAAGGCUCACAACUCUCUGAAAAGGGGCAGAAUGGAACAGAUAACACCCGAGGAGGAGGAGAAGAAGAAAAUUCGUCGGGAAAGAAAUAAGCAGGCCGCAGCAAAAUGCCGCAACAGGAGGCGAGAGCUCACAGACACUCUGCAAUCUGAGACUGAUCAGCUAGAGGAUGAGAAGUCUAGUCUGCAGAACGAUAUUGCCAAUCUCCUGAAGGAGAAGGAGAGGCUUGAGUUCAUUCUGGCUGCUCACCAACCCAUCUGUAAAAUCCCCUCAGAGCUGGACACAGAGUUCUCCAUCACCACUAUUUCUCCUGUCUACUCCUGCCACUCCACCAAGGUGUCCCCCCAGCCUCAGACCACCCUAGCUGCACCCAUCAUCACUUCCAGCCAGCCAACCUUCACCUCAACCUCCCACUCCAUCUUCUCCAGCAGCAGCUCCAUCCUCUCCACUGCUACCAUUUCCGGCAGCUCGGUAAAAAUGACGGACCUGGACUCCUCGGUCCUGGAGGAGUCUCUGGAUCUGCUGGCAAAGACAGAGUUGGAGACGGCUCGCUCGGUUCCAGAAGUCGACCUGUCCAAUUCCCUCUACACAGCUCAGGACUGGGAGCCCCUUCACGCAUCAGCAAAUACCAAUGACUUUGAGCCCUUGUGCACGCCAGUGGUGACCUGCACACCUGCCGGCACCACCUUCACAUCUUCCUUUGUGUUUACCUUCCCAGAGGCAGAGACCUUCCCUACCUGUGGCAUCGCCCACAGGAGAGGAAGUAACAGUAACGACCAGUCUUCUGACUCCCUCAGCUCACCAACCUUGCUGGCCCUUUAAAGACUCUUCCAGAACCAAUAAAUGUUCCAAUUAAGCACACAUUCAUGAUGUGCAGACCACAGGGCUAUGGGAAAGACUGAAACCAAUUAUUUAUGAUUUAAUCUGUAUCUAUACUUGCCUAUUACACAAAUGUAGCAAGUUAAAAGCAUGUUUCAAGUAAUACCACGUAGUUGUUUUAUAAGUUAAUAUUUUCUGGUGCUGAAUAACAAAAAAAAGUUUUAUUGUUGAUGUGUUUACAGAGCAAUAGUUAUUAUUGAUCCAGUUUGUUUUUCUGGUUGAUGGAAUGUGAGAGUAAUUGUGAACUUUUUGUGAAACUAAAAACUGACGUGCUUUGUCUUAACCAUUGUCUGAGUGGUCUAGUAUGAAGUUUUCUGUGAAAACACAAGUGGAUUUAAUUUAUGAAAUUUUAUUUUUUUACAAAGAGAGUAACUAUAUGAUUGCUGUCUAUAUGAUAUGUAAAUAAAAAAUAGUGAUAUUUCAAUUCA